AUGGUAUCUUUUGAUGUCACGUCCCUCUUUACUUCUAUCCCCCAGGAUCUGGCAAUCAAGACCGUCCAGCUACACCUACGAAACAAAUACGAUGAAACGGAGAAUCGUCUCGGACAUGCCCAAGUCCUUCAGCUCCUAAAGUUCUGUCUCAGGACGUACUUCAUGUUUGAUGGAACAAUCUACGAGCAAGUGAAGGGAACACCAAUGGGCUCGCCGAUUUCGGGAUUCAUCGCCGAGGCGGUGCUACAGCGGUUGGAGUCGCUGGUCUUCCAACACCACAGACCAAAAUUCUGGGCUCGGUAUGUGGACGAUACCUUCGUCGUCAUCGAACGGGAUCAGGUGCUAACGUUCAAAGAGCGUCUCAACAGCGUCUUCCUGGACAUUCAAUUCACGAUGGAGGAGGAAGAGGAUAACCAGCUGCCAUUCAUUGAUGUCCUCGUCUGUCGCAAAGAUUGUGGUGGUCUAAAGACCAAAGUGUUCAGAAAAGCAACGAACACGACGCAAAUUCUGAAUUUCAACAGUAACCACCCAAUUAGCCACAAACGCAGUUGCGUAAGAACGCUAUUUCGGCGUGUUGAGACGCACUGCAGUGAACCGGAAGACAAGGUUGCCGAAUCCCAAUAUCUUCGACGGGUUUUCCGAGAAAACGGUUACCCGCGCAACUUCGUCAACCGGUGCCUGCGUAAACGAGACGAGCGACAAAAUCGCGCCGACCCAAAUUCUGGCGAUCGAUCCCGUACAUCAAGAACGUCUCCGAGGCCGUUAGCCGCCUUCUUGCACCACUUGGGGUUGGAGUUGCGCACAGACCGGAGGCCACCAUGA